AUGGGUCAGGAGUCGUUUAUCUACAGCUUCGUCGCGAGAGGCACAAUGAUUCUGGCAGAGUACACGGAGUUCACCGGUAAUUUCCCGUCGAUUGCUGCUCAGUGUCUCCAGAAGCUUCCUUCCUCCAGCAACAGCAAGUUCACUUACAACUGCGAUCACCAUACCUUCAAUUUCCUCGUCGAAGAUGGCUUCGCAUAUUGUGUCGUGGCCAAAGAUUCACUUAGCAAGCAAGUCUCGAUCGCAUUUCUGGAGCGUGUGAAAGCCGAUUUCAAGAAAAGAUAUGGGGGCGGGAAAGCAAGUACAGCUAUCGCCAAAAGUCUGAACAAGGAGUUCGGGCCGGUUAUGAAAGAACACAUGAAGUAUAUUGUUGAGCAUGCAGAGGAGAUUGAGAAACUAAUAAAAGUCAAGGCUCAAGUUUCAGAAGUUAAAAGUAUAAUGUUGGAGAAUAUCGACAAGGCAAUCGACAGAGGGGAAAAUCUAACGGUUCUUAGUGACAAGACCGAGAAUCUACGCUCUCAAGCGCAGGAGUACAAGAAACAAGGGACACAAGUGAGGAGGAAGUUGUGGUACCAGAACAUGAAGAUAAAGCUAGUGGUUCUAGGGAUCUUGCUACUACUUGUUCUCAUAAUCUGGAUUUCGAAUCAAAGCUACGAUCCCGAAAAAGAAAAAGAUAAAACCUUUCAACAUUUGUUUUCUUCAGAGCUCGUCUUCAUCCCUCAAAUACUCCCCAAUAUCAGCUUGGUGAAGCACAACGAUACCAUUCGGAUCCGAUUUCCGGCAGUACCUUCUGCAGGAUCUCCAUAUGAUUUCUGUAGUCGCUACUUGGCACCUAAAGUAGGAAUCGAUGAGGACCCUGUUACUGGAAGUGCGCAUUGUGCCUUAGCACAUUACUGGAGCAUCAAGAUGAACAAGUGUGAUUUCUUAGCCUAA